AAGCGUUCGACUAUGGCUGAUGCGUGCAGUGACUGCAUAUGGACGAGAUAUUGAAUGACUCAACAUAGAAGAUCUGCUACUUGCAACGUUGGUACGCAGGCGAGACAGUUAUUUCUUCGAUCUUAUUAAAAUCAGGAAGUUUGGUGCUGCAACCCAUACUAACUAAAACUACCAGCAAACCGGGUAACAGAGAUUGGAGAGGACGGCUGACCGGAAUAUGAAAUAUGGCAACAGCAUCACUCUGGAAAGAGCCCAAGCAUACUCCACAUCAUUUGCGUUUAGUCCUUUUUGGAAAAUGUCUAAUUGGGUAAUUUUAUGUGGUUUUGAUGCUGAAUAGUACAACAGAGAACGUUAUUGACUAAACCGGAGUAUUGCCGUAGUUUGUAUUAAUCAUAUUUCAUCACACUUGGAUCAUGGAUAUAUGGAAUUGGCUACGUUAAAGUACCUGCUGCCUAUCCAUCCAUUAUAAUGAAUCAAGGAGAUAACCAAGAACCAUGCGAGCCCCCUUCACAUGGGCUUUAUGGGCCUCACCGGAUCCGUCCGUCAUCGUACAGGGCUCUGCGAAGUGCCGUUUCCAGCCUGGCGAGAAUUGACGAUUUCUUCUGUGAAAAAAUCGGUUCCGGCUUCUUCUCUGAAGUGUUCAAGGUGCAGCACAGGAUCACUGGGCAGGUGAUGGCUCUGAAGAUGAACACAAUGGCCAGUAACAAAGCCAACAUGUUGAGAGAGGUGCAACUCAUGAACCGCCUCUGCCACCCCAACAUCCUCCGAUUUUUGGGGGUGUGUGUUCAAGAAGGACAGCUUCAUGCUCUUACUGAGUACAUUAAUGGGGGAAACCUGGAGCAGCUGCUGGACAGUGAAAUCUAUCUUCCAUGGACUGUGAGGAUAGGUCUCUCUCUGGACAUUGCAAGAGGGCUGCAGUAUCUACACAGCAAGGGCAUUUUCCAUCGAGAUCUCACGUCCAAGAAUUGUCUGGUGCGUUGUGAAAAUGCCACUUUUACAGCUGUAGUUGGGGACUUUGGACUGGCAGAAAAAAUCCCUGAUUACAGUGAUUGUGCUGACAAGCAACCUUUGGCUGUUGUGGGCUCCCCCUACUGGAUGGCCCCGGAAAUGUUAAGAGGAGAGCUUUACAAUGAGAAGGCUGAUGUCUUUUCAUAUGGUAUAAUCCUUUGUGAGAUUAUUGGUCGAAUUGAGGCUGACCCAGAUAUCCUGCCACGGACAGAGGAUUUUGGUCUGGACGUUGACGCCUUUGAACACAUGGUGGGAGACUGUCCAUCUUCAUUUCUUUGCCUGGCUGUCAACUGCUGCAAUAUGUGUGCAGACAGCCGUCCUGCCUUCUCGGAGAUCGUACUGACCCUUGAGAUGAUCAAGAGCGAGAGGGAGAAGAGUGAAGCACCAGUUAUAUUAGAACCUGUUGCCAUUGCCGACAGCCCAUAUAGGAGGAGAAGUUUGGCCUGCCAUCCAGGUGACCAUCGUCUGUCACGUAGUCAGUCAGAUGUAUUGCCACCCACCACAUCACCGUGUUUUGGCACGCCUGUUCGGGUCAACCCCUUCUCUCUUCGCCAAGACCUCAAUGGUGGUCGCAUCAAGCUGUUUGACACCCCUAGCAAAUCUGUAAUCUCUCUCACUUUUACCCUUCCACCACCGCCAGACCCAUGUGCCUCCCCACCCCUCAGCGGAAGCCCUGGACUUUGUGGACCUCCUCGAAGGUGCCGGUCCCUGCCUUGCACCCCUGAGCUGGGCCACCAACUACUCUUCCGGGACCACGAGGAGCAGAAUGAGGAAGAGAAGGAGAGGAAUAAUGAUCUAGGAGAUGGAAUGAAAGAAAAAGAGGUGGAGGGAUGGCAAGAUGAAGUUGAGGACUCAGGCCUAGUGCUGGACUUGGAGAUGGUAUCUUUAGAACGGGUUGAGGAAGAGGAGGAGGAAGAGGUGGAGAAGUGCCUCACAGAGCCCAUGGACUGUAGUAGCUCCCCCGACACGGCAGAGGUUAACACUCCAGGGAAUCGACCUAUCAGCGGUUCUUAUUCCACUCCCUCCUCCUUGCAGCCCAAUGGCUGGGCAAUGCCUGUCUCUAAUGGACCACCAUUAUUACCACCUCUUCCCCAUUUGGACAAUAACAAUGGACUGCUCAUGCCUGGGCGUCCUAUUGCAUGGGCUAGACUAAACGGUUACCGCAGCCCUGCCCCAGAGCCAGUACAACCUACUUCUGAAGAAGAGGAUGUCAUUUCCUGUCCUGCUUGCUGCCUGGCUGGGUUUAGCUUCCCUUCUCUGUGCCUGCGUAGAGCCCCUCCCUCUAGUCAUGGACGACCAUACAGGAAUCUCAACAGAGGGGAGGCAUCUGCAUCUACAGCAAAAAAACUUCUCUGUCACAGAGCUAAGGGUCUGGCUCCACCCACAGCAACCUGUGAGCCAGGGUUACCCCUUCCAGAGUCCCAAACCUAAAGAGAGUGACCUCAAAAAGAGCUGCAAUAUCAAAAGUCCUGGUUAUACUUUGUUUUUCUGCGUUCCGGAUCAGAUUGCGCCCAGCCAACAGCCUUGCCUUUCAAGGUAUAUUCUUUUGACCGCAAGUGAAUAUGAACGCAUUUGACGCAUGCAUAGUAUGAUUGCACAGUCGAGAAAAACUGGGCUGUGCGUGGACAGGUCGUGCAGACUGUGCUGAUGACAACAUUUGUGUCACGCAUACUAUGUGUAGAGUGAUCAGCAACGCGGACAACUGAAGUAUACUGUGGGCUUUAGAAAUGACACUGUAUUUACAACACCAUACAGUCAGGCUGCAGCAUUGAUGUCAGGAUGGUCAUCUUACUGGAUGCAAUGCAGAGAAUAGCAAGAACAGAGAAUUGAUUUAUGACUAGUGGUAUUCAAUUUUGCAAUAUGUGGAUGAGACUGUGAUAUACAGUUCAUAUAUUUUGAUCCUAUAAUGUCAUAAUUUUUACAUAAUCCAGAUUCAUAGGUAAUAUUAUAACUGUACAAUAAUGGGUGCUUUAAAUGUGUGCUCUUUUUGGUUCCCCAAAUUAGGGAUGUGCAAGUGUGUUCAACUAGUCAUCUAACAACAUAUAAGUCGAUAAGUGGGGUCGACUACUAGCAUUAAUAUUUAUUGGAGGUGGUUUUAAUGGGAGGUGCAAUUCUCAAAUUAAUUGAGAGACUCAACUUAGAGCGGUUUUGUGUGAUGAUAUAUUGCUAAAUAGUGAAUAGCAUCAGUCACAGUCAUUCCAAAAAGUGUUGUCUUUUUAAUGCUUUAAGUGUAGUCUUAUUAUGCACUGUUGCUACAGCAAAGCAUCAUUCUGCGUUCAGGAUGUGCAUAAGCAGUUUUCUGCCGCUCCGUAUUGGAGCCUUUUUUAUUUAUUUCUUUGAUAGUUUUGUGCAAUAAGAUUGGAUGUUAUAUUUAUUUAGCCUAUUUAUUUGUUGAAUAUCUGUUAGUCACCAUGAUGAAGUACUGCACUUUGCAUUUGUAUAUCCCUCUGAAAAGUGUCUGAAUAUGAAAAACGGAGCCUAAUACAUUAUUAUCCUUAACAAAGACUAAUUGACUAGUCCUUCAAACCACUAACGACUAGUCGCUUAUGAAAAUGUGUAGAUUUGCACAUCCCUUGUUUGAGCUGAAGUAGACUAGAAGUAUUAUAAACUGGAAUAAUAGUGGCAUGUCAAGCAUUUUCAGCUUAUCUUAUUCAUUCAGUCAUUUUAUUUAUUAUUGGAUAAACAUUCCUCUUCAAGACUGAGUGCUCUUCACUUUGCCGUGAGAGUGUACAAGGGUGUGUGAUGCUGUAUUCUGAUGUCAAUCAUUUGUUGAUAAAUGUUGAUGUUUAGAGGCAAUGUGUGUAGUAUGUCUUAUGGUAAUAAAGUAAACUAUACCAUUUAAUAGGCAUUUUUAAAUGAAAACUGUAACAUUUUGAGUGCUCGAAUAUUAUUACAGUUUGAAUUUUGUUAUCUCCCCCUAGUGGUCAGAAAGAUUCACUCUUGCAAAGUAAUGCUGCUCUUAUUAGGAAUCAACUGAUUCCUCUGCUGGAAAUUGACAGUCACCAUUUAUCUAAAGCUAGUUGUUUUUUUGUUUUUUUUUGUGGUAAGUUUAUGGAAUAAUAGUUAGAAACAUGGUCCUAGAUCAUCUUGCACACAGUGUGAUGCCACCAUAGACACUGUAAAGGGAUUGCUCAUCCAUAAAUUAAAAUUUCAUGCUAUUUCAAACAUGUUUGACUUUCUUUCUGGCAUGGAAUACAAAUUUAGAUAUUUAGUAGAAUGUCUAUGAUGUUUUUAUUUUCAUAUACCAUGAAAAUGGAUGGUGACUAGGGACAGCCAUAGUCACCAUUCACUUUCAUUGUAUGGAUAAAAAGAAACACUGACAUUCUUAUUGGGAAUUCCUUUUGUGUUUCAUGACAGAAUUUUCAUUUUUGGGUGAACUAAUCCUUUCAGGCAAAUAUGAGGCAUGUUAUUUAUAAUACAGUAUCUGCUUAUGUGUUUGAACAUGUGCAUAACUGUAUAUUUUCAAAGCAAUCUAGAUGUGGUGUGGUCCAAUACAGGUCUUGGACUGAAGCCGUCUCUUCAUAUUCAGUCUAAACUUUUGUAUUAGUUUACGGUCUUCAGAAAUAAACCAGAAUCUCAGACAGUCUGAAAUGCUCUGUGUGUUAUGGUCUCUAAACAAACUGUUUAGCAUCUGAAGUGUAACACCUCAGAAAUGUGUCCACUGAAUUUCUUAAUGCUUCUGUAUGUACACCUGCUUCUCAGAUGACCAUAGGAAGUAUGUGCAUGCGGAGUACUGUACAAAAGGGAUCUGUACAUAUUGAUGCAUGACAAUAGGCAAGAAGCUUUCUAGCCUGUUGGUACUUCCCUUCAGGCUGGCAUCAGAGGUAAAGUUGUCUCAAGUGAAGGUGGAAUUUAGAUUUGAGAUAUGGAUGCAAUAAGAAUCAGAAUGAAUAAGAAUCUUGGUUUACCUGGAAAAAUGUAGAUUUAGUAAUAUGUUUUAUUUCUUGAAAAAGUUUACAUAUUUUAAAAUUAAUCUAGGAUAGAUGUGAAUUUGAAACUUAAUUUACUCACUUUUCUGAAAGUUGAUAAUCAAAUGCCUCACUGAUUAUUACUAAUUUAUAAUUUUCAGUGCACUAAAGACAUAAUCUAUUGAAAGUAAUUUGUAUUGUCUGUACUGUAUUUGUACAGCUUAGACAUCCAUAACUUGCCUCCUUUGUCAGUAAUGAAGUGAUGUUAAAACAGAUUGGGAAGGAUUUGUAAAGUCCACUUAUGUUUCGAUGUAAAGAUUUGUUCCUAUUUAAGAGAGGGUCUAUUUCUCUCUAAAAGUAAAGCACUUGUUACUUAGUUCUGGGGAACAACAGCUUUAAUGUAUAUG